CCAGGAUCUACCACCCAGGAAGGAGGGGCUUAGCUUCAGCCGCCAUUCUGAGGCAGCCACCCCCACCCCCACCGCAACAGCCAGCCAAGGCGUUCUGCUGGUGCACUAGUACCGCAGCCCCAGCACCUUGCCUGGAAUCCCGUCACCCAGCAGGAUGGGGCAGGGACAGGCCAUCUUCAAGCCAAGGGGAGAGCAGGUUCACUGCCACCCCCCGACCCCCUUUUCCUGGAUCUUACAGCCAGGCUAGGGGGCGGCGUCGAACCCAAUGGGGCCUCAGAUCAUUCCUUGUCCGGAACAGAAUCUCUGCGGAAUCGCCAGACACACACACAGCUGUUGCUGCGGAUACUGGCUUCUUGAGGACAAGACCUCAACAUGCAGGACCUCACAUUUCCAGCGGUGCACAUGUUUUUUGAGAACACCCCGAUCAUGCCAUCCUCCCCAGGAAGAUGUUGCCGGCCUUCCCCCCAUCCCAGUUCUCAAAGGGCUCUUUGGGCAAACCUCGGGCACCCGGGCCACACCCACCGGCCGGCCCACUCUCCUCGCGCAUCCCCCAACCUGUCGGCCUAAGGGGAAUGGUUCCUUUCCCUGCCCACAUGGUAGGCCCUUUCUCCCACAUCACCCGGAAAGAAGUAUUUGCCCAUCCUCCCAGAACAGUACCCCCGGCACAGGGCACCUCUCACCUGGGUAUCGAACCCGUUUUCCACCGAGCCGCUCUUCCGAAGCGGGAGCCCCUCCCCCGCUGGUUCCUGCAGCCCCUGCAGCACCUGCGAUUUCAGGGGGAUCUGGCUAGGAUAGGUGGUCUUGCUCACCUCCACCUUGCUUCCCAACUUGAGGUAGCAGGGCUGGGGGCCGGCCCGGGCCGGGGGCACGUGCAGGAUGGGCGCGGCGCUGUGCACGGGUUUGGGCAGUCCCGACUUCAUUUUGGAGGCGACCAGGAUGGCCGGCAUCUUCUCCCGGGGCUUGGGCUUUCCCAGCACGUCCCUGGCAGCGGCGGCGGGGGCGACCGCUAAAGGCAGCGCGGGUAGCAGAGCAGGCGCCGGGCCUUAGCCCACGAGGCGCCCACCACCAGCGGCGAAAGAAAAAAUCCCCAGGUCGGGGAACUCGAAGCAAUCUGGCGAGCGCGCCUUUGGGGUGCCGGGAUGGGAAUGGGGGACUGGCCACGGCGCCCAGCGGGUCCCACCUGGACGGAUGCUGCAGCCGGGUCUCAAGCCCCUCCUGGGUGGCCUUUCAAGAGCUCUGGGCGCUCAGGGGUUGCCGCCUCUUGCAAUUUUCCUCCUGGGAAACAGAGGUUUGGACGCCCAUAUUAACUUGUCAUUGCGUCUCCGAAGUGAGGAGGCCCUUUUGGAAGAGACAGAGGCGGCAGGGACGCACGAGUCCCGCUCCGGAGGCUACGGGUCUGAGCUGGCGAGGGAAAGAGAGAGCAGCCGUGGGAGGAAAGGAGCGAGCAGCGAAGGAAGGAGAGAAGGGCACACGGGGCCCAAGACGUCUCCACCGAGAGGCAGCUGCCGCCCUGCUCGCGAGCACCGCAGUGUCACCCGCGACGCAGCAGAGGCGCGGCGAGAGCCCCCGAAAGGUCUCUCUUGGAGUGACAGUCACCGCUGCCCAGAAGGCGCCCGGACAGACAGCACCUUAGCGCCUGCGGGUCUGCACAUGCUCCGUGCGCUAGAGCGCGGCUAGGCUGUGGCCGUGGGGCGCGGGCGCCGGGACGCGCGGCUGGCGGGCCGGGCUGGGCUGCGCUCGGGAGCGGCCGCCGCGCUUCCCGGGAAGGCUGCGCCGGCUGCGGGGCUCAGAGCAGGGGA